AGGCAAUCCGUAAUUUCAAGCAAAAAAGAAGUCUACUUUCGUUACUCCGCCAUCGCGCCGCCCUGUAUUAAAUCCCAAACUCGCGCAAUCCGUAGCGUUUGUUUUUUUGGUAAAUCCUCGCCUCCUAUCGUGAUCCUCUCCACUUCCUGCCCUCUCAUUUUCCUGAGACUUCAAAAAUCUCAGGAAUCUCUCUUUCUCAUAAUCCAAAUCCCUAAUUUUUUGCUGUGAAUAGUCUUCAGUCGCGCCCAGUUUUGAAUUUAAUUUAGGUCCAAACUUUCAAUUCUACCUCCAUUUAUCCAAUUCCUUUAUUCAUUAAUCACAAAUGGCAUUAAUUUACUUCUUCUAGGUUUUCCUAGAUCAUCUGUAAUCUCACUUUCCCAAGAAACUAUUUACCUACUAUUUAUCAACCUUAUCAAAUUUUUAGAUAUGGCGAUUCGAGUUACCUUCACCUACUCCGGCUAUGUCGCUCAAAGCAUCGCCUCGUGCGCCGGCAUCCGCGUCGGAAACUGCAGGUCCCUUCACGAGUGCUUUGUCCGUUCACGCAUCUUCGCUUCACCUACUAAUCAAAACGUCGAUCUGGAACCACCUGCACCUCGGCCGUCACGUGUCUUCCAGUCCGGUGGUUACCGUAAGAGUUCGACUUCGUUGUAUAGUACAAUCGCUGGAGAAAUCUUCGGAAAUAACUGCAAAAGUCCCAUAGCCGUCGGGUUGAUUGAACUAAUGAAGUCAACUGCUGGAGUUGGGGUUUCGGGCAGCACUGGCGUUUUUGGAAUUUCACCACUUAAAGCUUCUUCGAUCCUUCCUUUUUUACAAGGAUCCAGGUGGCUUCCGUGUAAUGAGCCAUCUCCUGGACAGAAGAAUAACGAGCCAUCUACUAGACAGAACAGUAGUGACGUCGAUAGAGGAGGGACGGUAAAGUGUGUUAAAAAUGGGAGUAGUAGUAGCUGUUGUACUACUGCUACUACUACUGUGACAUUGGAGAUUAACGGGAACGAAUUGGACAAGGGUGGGAGCUGGUUAUCUAGGGUUUUGAGUUCUUUUUCGGAGGAUGCUAAGGCUAUUUUUACUGCUGCUACUGUUAAUUUCUUGUUUCGGUCGGCUUUGGCUGAGCCAAGAUCGAUUCCUUCAACUUCUAUGUGCCCUACUCUGGACGUAGGUGACCGCGUUUUAGCGGAGAAGGUCUCAUUUAUUUUCAGGCAGCCUGAAGUUUCAGAUAUAGUGAUAUUUAAGGCACCUCCGAUAUUGCAGGAAAUUGGAUAUAGCUCUGGCGAUGUGUUCAUAAAGAGAAUUGUGGCAACAGCUGGAGACAUUGUUGAAGUUCGGGAGGGCAAGUUAUAUGUGAAUGGAGUCAUUCAACAUGAGGAUUUCAUUUUAGAGCCUCUUGCUUAUGAGAUGGAACCAGUGCUUGUACCAGAAGGUUAUGUCUUUGUGAUGGGAGACAAUCGCAAUAACAGUUUCGACUCCCAUAACUGGGGUCCUCUGCCUAUCAAGAACAUCGUCGGGAGGUCGGUGUUUCGGUAUUGGCCUCCCUCCAGAGUAUCCAACAUUUUACACGAACCAAAUGCAGCAAAAAAUACAAAGCAGUUUCUUGAUGCAAGGCCUCUCUGCAUGAACAGGGAGGAUAUCAGAUAACUUUAAUGUCAUCAAGAUGGUGAUUUGAUAAAUCAUUUUGCAUUUUUCUGGCUCUUAAUGGAGCAGUUGUUAAUAUGUCAUCCUUUAUCAUUGUGCUCAUCCGUCAAUUUAUAUGCUUGUCAAUGGCCUAACUGUGUCAUUGAAGCAUAUUCUUUAUUGUAAUAAUCUUUUCUAUAUCACGCAAACAAAAAAAUUGGAAGAGAAAAGAACAGGCAAAGACUUCUCUAGUUCUUUUCUCAUGCUUUGAUGUCCUUGUGUGUUGGGGAAUUGAGAUGCUCCUACAAGCUCGUGUAUUUCAGGCAUUAUGAUCAAUGGCUUGGUGAUGUUGGAUCGAGAAGUUCAUUUUUUCUGCUUCCUUUGUGCUGUGGUCGAAGAGUUGAGGAAGCUUCUGAUGUGGGUUUGAUGUGCUGUGCUGCUGUUUAAAGCAACACCACCAGAGGUUGCCAUGGUCGGGCAGGAGGGGAUAAGCCUCAUUUUAAUUCAUCGAGGGGGCAAUGACUUGGACAAGGUUGCCGCCCCAUGUUGGAUCUCCUGGAGCUCAUACCAGAUUUUCCUUAGUCAUAUGGAAUUUGUUUGUUUAAAUAAUAACAGCAACGUUGUCCAGGGCUAAACAUACUUUUUGGAUAUAUGUACUGUUGAACCUCGCCAUCGAUGAACUUGAUGGUAUUCUAAUGAUUUGAUGUAUUAGCUUGAAUUUUCCUUGGCUCAA